AUGGCCGAUGAAUAUGUCGACUUGAACGCGUAUAAUGGCGCCCCUCUAGUGGCCAUAUGUGUGGUCUUCCUCAGUCUGACUUGGCUGGCCGUGGGGCUGAGGAUAUAUACGAGAGCGAUGGUGAUUAGGAGUCUCCAGGAGGAUGACUGGCUCAUGCUUGUGGCUCAGCUUAUUUUCACACUCUCGUGCAUUUUCAUAUUCAACGGUAUUCAUUCUGGAAUGGGCAAGCAUAAUGCUGCCAUCACAGAUGGCGACGAGCAAGCCACAGCUCUCAUGUGGCAAGCCUUGGCGGCGGCCUCUUAUAUACUCAACAUGAUGUUCAUCAAAAUGAGCAUUGGCAUAUUUCUUCUACGAGUCUCCGCUCGAAAGGUCUACAACUGGAUCAUCUGCAUUAGCUUGGGCGUUGUUAUCGUCUGGAGUCUUGUCACUUUCUUCUACGACAUAUUCCAGUGCAGUCCCAUUCAAAAACAAUGGGAUUUCCGUAUUGAGAGCGGAAAGUGUGUAUCGACAAGCGACCUUGUUUCUGCCGCAUACGCCAUCAGUGUGAUGACAAUCCUAUCGGACUGGUUAUAUGCUCUGCUGCCCAUACCGAUGUUGUGGUCAGUCAAGAUGACCCCUCAAGCCAAAGCAACUGUCAUCAUCAUCCUCGGCCUUGGAAUAUUCGCGAGUGUUGCCACUCUUAUCAGGAUCAGAUAUUUGACGGUGAUGAAGGAUCUCGAUGAUUUGCUGUUUGCGGCAACACAAGUAAUGACAUGGACCGUAAUCGAGCCUGGAGUAGCCAUCAUCGCUGCUAGCCUUGCUACAAUCCGCCCUCUACUCCGCGCGUGGAGAGUGCACGGCUUCGCUUCUACCUUCCGCAGCCGCAGCCGCACAGCGCACAGCACACCCUCUGCCUAUGCGAGGCAGACUACCGAAAAUCGAUCCACGCCUGUCAUCGACCAUAUCUUUGGGCCCGACGACGUUUCUCUAAAAAGUGUCCAGCCCAGCUACGAGACAGUACCUCCUGAGACGUCGAUGAAAAACAUCGGCUUGACUAUUGAGCAAGCCCAAGCUAGCACGGCAACGGUUUCUCUACUGGACGUGGAGCAAGCGAGGAGUCAUGCUAGCCAAGGUCAAGGCCGCGCUCCAUCGCGCAGCGUCAUUACAGAGGCAUCACACAAGACCAACUCGUCUCUAUUCGAUGACCUCAACGGUCUCGAAGCUCAGAGCCAAGAAGGUGGCUACUAAGGGAUCGGGGACUCUGACCAGAGGGGACGUUGGAUUUCCUUUUUGUUACAUUGUUGUUGCAUUUUGAUACCUCCUCUUUUCCUUUUUGUUCAAUGAGUUAUGUUGGGUUCAUGUUUCAUUUGUUUCAUUUGACGGGGUCAGGUUUACGCCACUUUAGCUGCAUUGGACGGGCAGGGACCGGAGUAACAGCGUCACAUGUUGGGCGAGCGGAUAAAAUCUCACAAGGCAGAUUUCAAAGGGUCAUGUUUGAUGGAUGUAUUAUGAAUUGGGUUACGGGAUACGAGUUUUGCAAUGAAUGCUAUUUUGCUAAUGUAUAGUAGAAUGGGGGAUGACACCGCAAGGGUCUGGAAAAAGGAGUGGAAGAAGACUGGAAAUUGAAUGUUGCAUGAUUUUGUAU